GCCUGGGUGAUGCUAUGUGCAAGUGAGUCACUACUCACUACCAGUAUAAAUCGGACUUAAAACUCGUGCGUCCGAGCUAACAAGCAUAUAAGAGUAGUGGUGUAACAGAUGGCAGUAAACGAACAGGAUUAGGCGUCAGUGUCAGUACUAAAGACAGUAAGCUCCAGGCUCUUGACAUUUUUACACGCGAGAGAUCUUUCGAGUGUUAUAUAGGGCAACGACCAGGCCAGGGAUAGGCACAUAGGCAUCGUAAUAUACUCGUUUUGCAGCAAAUUUUCGAUACGGUUAAGAGGAACGAUGGCACCAAUUGCUGAGCAUAAAUUUAUGUACGACCUGAUCGUCCUUGGUGGCGGAUCAGGCGGCCUGGCAGCUGCCAAAGAAGCAGUCAAUUAUGGUGCAAAAGUCGCAGUUUUUGAUUUCGUCUCACCAUCCCCGCAGGGUACGUCCUGGGGUUUAGGUGGUACUUGCGUGAACGUUGGUUGCAUACCAAAGAAAUUGAUGCAUCAAGCUGCCCUGCUAGGAGAAGCUAUCCAUGAAUCGGCAGCGUAUGGUUGGCAAAUAGAUCCGGAAACUGUUAAAAUUAGUUGGGAGGCGUUAAGAACGGCAGUACAAAAUCAUGUGAAGUCUGUAAAUUGGGUCACACGCGUUGAACUUAGGACUAAGAAAGUUGAGUAUAUAAAUGCACUUGGUUAUUUCAAGGAUAAACACACAAUAAUGGGAGUAAUGAAGACUGGACAAGAGAAGGAAUUCACGGCACAACAUAUUUUGAUCGCUGUGGGUGGUAGGCCGAGGUAUCCAAAUAUUCCUGGAGCCUUAGAAUAUGCUAUAACCAGUGACGAUAUCUUUAGCUUGGAGAAACCUCCAGGGAAAACGCUUGUUAUUGGCGCAGGAUAUAUCGGUUUAGAGUGCGCUGGCUUCUUGAACGGUUUAGGUUUCGAAGCGACUUUAAUGGUGCGGUCGAUCAUUUUACGAGGAUUCGACCAUCACAUGGCAAAUAGUAUCGCGGACGAUAUGCAAAAACGCGGCGUCAAAAUUCUAUUCGAAGCUCAGGCAACGAAAAUUGAAAAGCAAAAGGACGGUCGCCUUCUCGUCCAUUAUAAGAAUAAAGAUGGACAGGCGCUUACCGACACUUUCGAUACUGUCCUCAUCGCUGUCGGUCGCAGACCGCUCACUAGGGAACUGAAACCAGAGAACAUCGGUCUUAAACUCAUUCCUGAAACUGACAAAGUAGACGCAGUGAACGAAGAAUCGAACGUACCGAACGUGUACGCCGUUGGUGAUGUGCUUAGUGGAAAACCAGAGUUAACGCCGGUCGCCAUACACGCAGGUCGGUUACUGGCGAGGCGACUGUUCGCGAACUCGACCGAGCAGAUGGAUUACGUGAACGUGGCAACGACGGUGUUCAGUCCCCUAGAAUACGGUUGCGUUGGCCUCAGCGAAGAUGACGCGAUCAUUCAAUACGGAGAAGACAGAAUAGAAGUUUAUCAUGCGUAUUACAAACCCACGGAAUUCUUCAUUCCACAAAAAGAUGUUACCAAUUGCUAUUUGAAAGUGAUCGCCCUCAGAGAGGACGAUGAACGAGUGCUUGGCAUGCAUUUCCUUGGUCCUAACGCCGGUGAAGUGAUUCAAGGGUUCGCCGCAGCUAUGAAGUGUAAUUUAACAUUCCCGAAAUUGAAGAGUACAGUUGGCAUUCAUCCGACGGUCGCAGAAGAGUUUACACGCGUAAGUGUGACUAAGCGGUCCGGACUAGAUCCCAAGCCACAGAGUUGUUGCAGUUAAAACUCGCCUAAAGGCUAGACUUGUUGAAUCACUGAUAUUUGUGAAUAAUUCGAAGUACGGUCGACGUGAAACGUUCCUCCUGCUUUUGUAUAACUGAUCAUUCGAAUCGGAGCUCAUUGUCCGAGUUAGAUAUUACAUAAUUUAAGUUGGAAAUAUUUUUUUUCUACAAGCGCCGCAAACAGGAGAAAGAACACAGUAUUCUUGACAAGACAUUGUAAGGCAAAAUGUGUGAUAGGAUUCGUUGUGUGCGAGAUUCGUUUUCUUUCCACUCAAAUGCAAUCAACGUGAAUUUGUAUUGUUCAUACUGUUGUACUUAUAGUGAUUUUUAUGAAUUCAUAUUUCCAAAUGUCAUAUUCUUCUGUACACAUUCAAAGGAAAAUAAACAGAAAUAACAAUA